UAUAUUAUCUAUAACCUCAAUUUAAAAAAUAUUUAUAUACAAAUCCCAACCUAUUAAUAAUGUAAUUGUGAUCAAAUUAAAAAUGAUGCAAAAGGCAUACUAUUAAAAUGCUAUUUUAAGUAUAAACUAUGUUUUAAAGCUGAUAGAAGUUUGACAGAAUCCUUAAAAUUUACAAUAUUUUUAUCAACAAUGCAACACAUCAGAGAAUCAAGUAAAUAUUUUCGUCUUUUAUUUCACGUUCAAAAACUCGUUCAAUAUUCAUUGACCUUAAACUAUGCAACUACAAUAGAUAGUUUUGAUUUAUUUGCUAAUGAACCUUUUCCAAAACAGAAAUCCAAAGACAGACCUCAUUUCAAGUAUGAUUGUAGUUUGAGAUAUUUUAUGGGAAUAGAGGGUUCAAAAACGGUUGACGUUAAGAAAAUGACUAUUGAAGAAAUUGAAAAUGAUUUACGUGAUCUUCAAUCAAAGAAUAAAGACAAACAACUUAUAGAAAUUAUGAAAGAUUGUUUAAAUAUGAGAAAGUUAUUACAUGACAAUUUGCUGAAGCAACUGUUCAGACAUUACAGUUUAACUGGUAAACUAGAUGUGGUGGAAUUCCUCCAAAUUUACUGUCGCACCCUAAAUCCUGACUUGUAUAAAAGAAAUGGUGAAUUCCUUCAUUACGUAGCGAAGGCUCAGUGCAUGAAAGGAAAUUCAGAUAAAGGUCUGUCGGUAUUAAAGCAAGCAUACACGAAAUACGAAGGUCUGAGAAAUUUUUAUAGGAUUAUUUUUAGAGAACUGAUAUAUGAUUCGGUACAGAAUAGAUCCGAAGCGUCCAAUGUGAUAUUUAGGAAAUAUGUUUUGGAAUUUAGUGAUACAUGGAAUGACAACUACCCGCUUAUAUGCUUUUGGCAUAUUUGUUGGUCAAGCUCAUGGUUUUCUGAUCAAAUGGCAUCCGAAAACUUAUUAGAGUCAAGUAAGGUACUGCAAGACAUUGUAAAAGAGAAAGCUACAAUACUCAGUAUCAAUAUACUGCGAGAAUACAAUGAGGAUGCUGUGAUAAGAUUGUUGCAGAGUCUUCUGAAGUAUAAGAUGAUGGAUGAAUAUGCUAAUGUCCUGCAAAUAUUAUUCUCCUACAAAUUAAGAAAUAGAGAUUUACGAGGAUGCACUGAAAUAAUACGGAACUGUCAAACACUGGGUAUAUCUUUACCAUCCAAUCAGCAAGGCAGAUACAUUAAAAUGCUAAUAAAUACCAAUCAGAUCCAGGAUAAACCAGACGAUAAAUCAAGAAGACCAGAAUCGAAGAACUUUACACUGAAGUUUUAAUGUACACUUUUGUACAUUGUGUGCGAAAAAAAAUGUAAAUAGUAUU